AUGGGUGCACCGAGUGAUAUUGCUUUGGAAGCGGUCGAUGAAGAUAUUGCCACUUUGACAGCUAGUGUUCAUAGUGCAUCGGGUCGAGAAGAGCCAUGUGUAUUGAAAAGUUUACCGAAUAAUCGUUUAGGUAUUUCAUUCACUCCUAAAGAAGUUGGUGAACAUUGUAUUGCUAUGCGCUUAAGUGAUUUUUAUCUAAGUUAUGCUGGUUUAAGUCUUUCCAUUGAAGGACCAAGUAAUGCCGAUAUAGAAUGUCAUGAUAAUCAUGAUGGUACAUGUACAGUGAUCUAUACACCAACUGAACCGGGUCAAUAUGUGAUCAAUGUAAAAUAUGCUGAUGUUCAUGUACCGAAUAGUCCAUUUUGUGUUGAUAUCAGCGGUGAAUCAUCAUCAAUGAAAAUGAUGGAACGUAUUAUUAGACGUCGUGAAGCUUCAAAAGUUACAUGUAUUGGUAGUCGAUGUGAAAUAAGUCUACGACUUACAGACACAAAUAUCAAUGAUUUGUCUGCUACAAUCACUUCACCUUCUGGUCAUACUACUCGUUGUGAAAUUGUUCCCACUGAUAAUGAUCAUUAUAAUAUUAAAUUUAUACCACAAGAAAUGGGUGAACAUUUAGUCUCGGUGAAACAUAAAGGUGUUCAAAUAUCAGGGAGUCCAUUCCAUUUUACUGUUGGUCCAAUCACUGAUGGUGUGGCGAAUAAAGUUCGAGCAAUGGGUUCUGGUCUUCAAGAAGGCUGGACACAUAUUACUAAUGAAUUUACAAUUUAUACACGUGAAGCUGGCGCUGGAACAUUGUCAAUUGCAAUGGAAGGUCCUAGCAAAGCAGAAAUUGAUUGUGAUGAAAGACGCGAUGGUUCCUCAGCUGUACUAUAUCGUGUUACUGCACCAGGUACAUACAUUUGUUCGCUUAAGUUCAACGAUGAACACAUUCCUUGUUCUCCAUUCCGUAUUCAUGUCUCUGAUUCCACACAAACUAAAAGUAUAGCAUCAUGCACAUUACCUUUCCGUACCAGUGAUGUUCAUUCUGCUCGCAGUACAUCCACUAAAGAAGAAACACUUCGAAUUGGACGUCCAAUAGCUUUCACUGUACAUCAUGUUGAAACUGCUGGUCAUAUUUUAAAAGCUAAAGUAUCAACUCCAUCAGAUACUCAUGAAGAUGCUAUUGUUCAGCCUAUUGAUCAAGAUCAAUUUGUCAUUCGUUUUGUUCCACGUGAAGGUGGUCCACAUCUAGUUCAUGUACACUCGGUGCCUAUAGAAGAUGCAGAUAAACCUAAUUGGAGUUUUGGUCCAACUUCAUCGUAUAAAUCAAUUCAAGGUUCACCUUUCCGCCUUGUAGUUAGUCAACAUGCUGCUGAUCCAGGUAUGGUAUUUGCUACUGGAGAAGGAUUACGUAAAGGAAAAGUCGAUAUGAAGAAUUCCUUUUUCGUCAAUACAACUAAUGCUGGUUGUGGUUUACUCAAUGUCACAGUGGAUGGACCAAGCAAGGCAACUGUUACUAGUCAAGAACAAGAUGAAGGUUAUGCAUUUUUCUAUACACCGACUGUACCAGGUAUCUAUGAAAUCACUAUCAAAUAUGGCGGUAAUUUUCACAUAAGUGGUUCACCAUUUCGAGUUGAAGUGACUGGAACGCCUAGGUCAGAAGUUGCCGAUUAUCGUUCAGAAGAUCGUCAGUCAAAUGUUAUUUUGGAAACUGUCGGUAAAACAAUGACCAGAUAUUCAUCUGCAACUGAAUACAAAAAUCAUCAAAACUCUGGAUCACAUCCGAAAUUGGUCACUUGUCAAGGACUUGGUUUAAAACGAGCCGAAAUUGAUCGUGUGAAUUAUUUCAGUGUUGAUGCCAGUGAAGCAGGUAAUGAUGUCCUACUCAUUGGUAUUUAUAGUCCGAAACAAUCCUCCGAAGAGGUAGUGAUUAAACAUUUAUACAAUAAUCAAUACUCUGUGUCAUAUCGUGUCUUCGAAAGUGGUACACAUUAUCUAGUAGUUAAAUGGGGCGAUCAACAUGUACCAGGCAGUCCAUUCAUUAUUCAUGUUCCAUAA